UUCUCUCGGCCGUUCCACAGUACCCCGCCGACAAUAUAUUUUCAUGUUCCUCCGAAUAAUUAGUUGAAAACUAUCUCAGUUCGUGGUAUAAGGUUCAUGGGUCAGACCGUAUUUAUUUAAAAAAAAAAACAUAAUGGACGUUGUUGUUACAUUGGUAUUACAAGUCUGUUGGGCAACACGGCUGAGGCCAUCGUUGUUCGAAAAUGCGUAGCAUUGCGUCACUCUCCGCAUAAUUGCGUAAAAGUAAAUUUCUUUAUCGCUCGGAAGCUUCCGAGAACCGUCGUUACUCUAUCAUGUUGGCCGAACGUUCAGUGAAUAUCGAAAUGUGAUGUCCAUAAUAUUAUGAUAUCGACGGACUGGAGCGAUUAGUGACUAGUGACUGGCGGACACAUUCGGUUGUUGAGUUGUACGUGUUAUUACAACUACACCAGAAGUGACAAGUCUAAAACCACGUGCUUCUGACCUUGUGAUCAGAGUACCUAAUCAAAAUCCUCCAUCAUCAACAGUCAAUAUUAUAAACUAGGCAUUCGUAUGUUAUAAUCAAAUAAUUUAGUGCCAUGGUUGGCUGUACCUGUGGUUGUUGAAUGUUGAGCUCUCCUCAGUGUCCUUCAAGUUUUAUUGCCGUUGAAAGUUAAACAUUUAAUAUGAGUACCAUCAUGAGCCUUUGUGUUUUUUUGAGAACUCCACCUCUAUUUAUUAUAGACAAAAUCUUCAAUAUUAGUUUUGGGUUUCAAGAUAUUGAUGGUAUAAUAAUUACUUUAAAUAAUACCUUUAGAAAUAGCAUACACAAUCAAUUUGAGAACGGUGAUCCCGUACAGUUUAUUGUGCUGAUACUUCUAUUAUUUUAUUUAUUUGUCAAAAUAAUAGCAACCUGUUUAAUAUUUUGUUUAUUGUUAUGUAUAUUUGUUCUACCUACUCGGCACUUGUAUAAAGUGUAUUUACAUGGUGCUCCUAUCUGUGUUGUAAUUUUUUCUUGUUGGGUAAACAUGCAAACACUGAAUGUCUUAUCCAAGCAAUAUGUAAACUUCAAUAUGGACAUAAUAAACAAAGUUAUAACAUGGGAUGUAGAUGUAAUUAUACGUUUUUUUACACAAUUAAAAAUUGUGAAUUUCUUAUGCUUGUUAUUCAGUAAUAUAAUGCUACAGUUUUGUCUAUCACUAGUUUUUAACUUUUUACAAGUCUGUGCUACAAAUCAUUCAAUCCAUAAAGUUGUUUACAUUAGUUUUAUUAUUCCUACUUUAAUGACACUGAUCACAGCUAAACAUUCGAAUACAGUAACCAUGUUGUUAUUAUCAUUGUUGCCAUUGUUUAUUGUGCCGAAAACAUGUUGGUUAAAUAUACUUACAAUAAUGAAAUUAAUUUGUUACGGAUUUAAGCAUAUCCGAGCGACCAUCACUAUUAAUGAUUUUGUUGUAAUGGAAUGGUCACGUCUUAACAUGCCAAGUGUUUUAAGAUUAUUUUGGACUAUACGAUUAUUGGAUAUAUUUAUAUUAUCCCUGUUAAAUAAGGAAAUAAAACAUGAAACUUUGUUUGGAACUGUGAAGUAUUUGUUAAUUAAAGGAUGCGACACAUCUACAGCAGUUUUAGGAAUGACAAGUUUUGUUUCAUGCUUUUGCCAUUACAUAGCAGCAUUCUUUCGAUGGGUGCUAACUGAAGAUGUGGAACGGAUGAACGUUCAACAACGUUCUGCAAUAUUAUUUUUUGUACUAGCUUUACAAACCGGAUUAACUGCCUUAGAGCCAGAUGAGCGCUUUAUACAACUCUUUCUAAAUAUUAUUAUAACUUGUGAUUUCUUAAUAUUUUAUAUCCAUGGUUCAAUGGUUGAUCCAUUAUUAAGCUCUCUGAGUGUUAAUCGUAAUAAAUCAAUUAAUAGGCAUUUAAGAGGUCUGCUGGUUAGCGGAUUACUCAUAGUGUUUUCGAUUAACGUGUUGAGAUACUUGUGGUAUUAUAAUUUUCUUAAUAAUUGGAAACUAGAAAUUUCUUGUAUCAAUAUACAAAUUAUUGUCAAAGUGUUGGUAACGUUAGGUGUAUAUUCAUUAUAUAUGAUUGAUGGCUAUCACAAAACAAUGUGGGAGAAAUUGGACGAUUAUGAAUUUUAUGUCGAGUCAUCUGGUGAUGUGGCAAAUUUCUGUUUGAACACCAGUAUUUUUCUAAAUAGAGUUUAUAGUCUGGCUUUUGAGGCUGGCAGUAUAGCUAGUGUACCCUUGAUGUGUUUUCAUGCAUAUUUCGUCAUAUGGCGUAGCAUUAGGGAUGGAUGGAGAGUAUUAAUUAGACGUCGCUUAGCCAUAAGAAGAGUUGAAUUAUUAGCUGAUGCAACUAAUGUUCAAUUGUCUGAAUAUGAUGAUAUUUGUUCUAUAUGUCGACAUAAUAUGGAUUCAGCAAAAAUGUCUAAUUGCAACCAUUAUUUUCAUAGUAUAUGUCUGCGUAAAUGGCUUAAUUUAAAGGACAACUGCCCAUUAUGUCAUAAUAUUUUAUACCAGGCAUAAGUGUCAAACAUUUGUAGACACAGGAUAGAAAUCACUUUCAAGAAUUGUAAAUGUUAUUGAUGUUGAUAAUUCUUAGAUAUUUUAAACUGGUUAGAAUUUAUCAUAAAAUUUAUA